AUGGUGAAUCCCGGGUUCUGGAAGCAGUUCUGGAAGAAAAAAAUAAUCCCGAAAUGGAAAGUUUUUUGCUGGAAAAUUAUUAAUAAUGCAAUGCCCACAAGUUGUAACUUGAGGAGAAGGCUAGUGAGUGUUGAGGGCGUGCGCCCGAUGUGCAAAGUUUGUCAAGAAACAGCGGAGCAUUUUUUUAGGGAGUGCCCAAUUAGUUCGAGGAUUUGGCAAGCGAGAGGGCUUGGCAUAUGCGGGUCCACUAGUCCGAGUAUUGGUUUGGGAAGUUGGGUGGUAAAUUUCCUAGCCCUAUUCUUUAAACAAGAUGGUCAGGAUAACUAUAGAGCUAUCGAGUUUAUCUCGACGAUAUGGUCUAUAUGGUUACAUAGAAAUGAGGUUGUAUUUAAGAACAAUCCCUGCUCCCCGGAGCGAAUAAUGGGACUGGAAAAUGAGUGGAGCUCAAGGGGGGUUCCAUACGCUCGAGAAGGGAAUGUGGAAGGUAAGAGUGUUCAUGGUGGUGAGAGGAAGCUUACCGCAGCUCGAUGGGUGUACGGUAGGCCAGUCGGUCGGAGCUUUGUGUCAAUAGUGGUGGACGCAGCGUGGAAGGCUUUUCAGAAAAGGAACUCGAAGAAAUGGGGUGCUACAGUUGCGUGGAAAGGCGAAAGGAGGGAAGAUGACCACAUUGAAGGAGGGACGAGAGUUUUUGCUGAAUCACCUCUGCAUGCCGAGUGCAUGGCUAUUUCUUAUGGCAUGAGAGGGUGUGUUGGGAUCACGAGAAACAUCAUCGUGAAAUCUGAUUACCAAGACGCCAUCAUGGCCAUAGCAGACCCGGGACGAGCGGACUUCCGAGUUGCGGACAUGGCUAGGGAAAUUAGAGAGAUUGCAAGGAAUUUUGAUUAUGUAAUUUGUCUAAAGGUAGGAAGAGAGUGUGUAAAGCCAGCCCAUAUCAUUGCCUCCAGGACAAGAAAGGGGCUGGUUGUUUGA